CAUGGGACGCCGACGGAUCUAACAACACAUUCAAAAUAAACGGCCAAUGAAAUGAAAUGGAAAUGCAAUUUUCUUUUGGUUGGGAGUUUAACUAAGCAAAGCCUUCAACUAUUUGCCUAUCCAUCUUUACUCUCAAAACUAUUUUUAUAAUGAAACAACCCUUUAACAAAGAUGUUGUAUAAGUAACGUUAACCCUCUGCGUCUAAUGAAGUUUAAUCCUUAAACCACUUCUGUUAAAUAAUAGUCAAGUGUUAUUAUGACACUUAAUUAAAAUGCAUAACAUAAAUACAAUAAAUUUAUUUAUAUGACAAAUAAAAUAGUUUAUUCAGUUUUUUGUAGUAUUGUAAAGUAUAUGAAAUGUUUAAAAAGUAUUAAAAUUAUGGUUUUACAGGGUUAAUCGGUGUCGGUCCACGGAUUAAUGGCGAAUUUUUUAGUUUUAUUGGAUUUUAAUUAAUAAGUUUUCAUUGAAUACAAAUUUUGUGGAAACAUAUGAGUUUGUAAAAAAUCUGACAGAAUGCUACAUGAAAAACAUAAACCAUUCCAGAUUAUAUACGACCACUAUAUUUACCAGUUCGAUCACAGAUCUGUAUCGGAUAUAAAAACAUUUCUUAUAUCUUAAUUCGUUUAUAAAUCACAUAUGUACUCCGCUAAAAAGAGUUCAAUAAUUUUAAAAAGAAAAUUUCUUCUCACCAUUUAAAUGAUAUUGAUGCACUAUUAGUCAUCAUCAUUAAUAUUUGUGAAUAUAUAAUUUGUACUUUAAAUAUUCCAGUACCCAUUCAGUUUUUGGUUUGAUUUCAAUUUUGGAUUCUAAAGAUAUAUGAUCUGCUCGGUUCUUUUUUCAGUUUGAUACAAUUCGAUUUGAGAUUUCGAAUAAAUGUACUUAAACUUAUACUCUUAUAUAGAAAUUCAUCAAAAAAUUAUAUUGAAUUUCGAAAACUUUGAAAUGAAAACAUUUAUAAACUUUUAAAAGGGUAAAUGGUUAAAUUUAGAUGAUAUCAAUAUAGAUGUAGUAUAGUUUUAGUAUAAAUAUCUACUAUUUAUUAAAUGAAGUUUUCUAUUCAUAUGAUUGUUAUCAUUUGUAUUUUUUAUAACCAAAAUUUUAAACUACUAGUCACAUAAUUUUUGAUGUGAGUUUUUUUGACAUUUUUAUUAAUUUAUAAUUGUUUUAAAGUUUUUAAAAUAACAUAAGAAAAAUCUAAUUUUUAUUCUAAUAUAUAAAUUUAGAAAAAAAAAUGAUAUAAGAUAUACAAAUUGUAAUCAAAUCUUUAUUAUUCAAUAGCAUUAAUUUCCAUAUUUAUUGAAGAUCUACACUAGUUUUAUAUUGUGUACUUUUAUAAAAUUAUUUUUAUGUGUAUUAGUCCAUAUUUUUAUAAUAUAAUAUUUUUAUUUUAUAUAUAUAUAUAUUGCCAUAAGCUACUAAUGGAUAUCCUACAAUAUUUGGUAUUAAAACUUUAAUUUAAAAUAAAUGGGUAGAAUAAUAUCCUAAAAAAUAAAUCUGAAUAUAAAUUUUUAGAGUUUCAUACAUUACUUGUAUAAUUUUUUUUAUUUAUAGUUUAAAUUUAUCACUUUUGCAUUUCUCUUUGUAUGAUCAAUUGCUUUUACAUAUGUGGUUUUUUAUCAUUUUGAACCCAAUAGGAAAUUUCAUUAAAAUUUUGUUAUUAUUAGAAAAGUUGGAAAUAUUAUAAGCCAAAAAAGUACAUAUUUCAUGUUUUUAUUUGGUUUUUAAAGUAUAUAAAAAAGUGUGUGUUAAAUUGUUAUGUUUGUGUUAAAUUGUUAUUUUUGUGGGCAAUCUUCCACGUUUCAUAUAUGGAUUGCAAUCUUUAAAGCUUGCCAAUUAUGAAGGAAAUUUAAAGGAAACCAUAAGCAAAUGAAAUAAAUGGUAGCUAGUAUAUUAAUUUAUGAUUCUAUUAUACAAAAUUUUAAAAUAUUGUUGUUACUAAAAAUAUUAUACUGCAGAUUUUUUUUUCUUAACUAAAUGUAUACUACUAUUAAUUUUUCAAAAUAUUUAUAUUUAAUUUUUGGGUACAGAAAUAUAUGUUUCCUAAAUUCGUUGAUUGGAAUUGCACGAUGUGGAAACAUUAGUAUUUGUUAUCCAAAUAGCAAAAUGAAUGUACCGAUUUAAUAUAGUCAUACUUGCCAGUUGCCACUUUCAAAGAAAAACUCUCCUCGUUGAUCAAUGGAUCCCCCCCCUUAUAACGUUUCCUUUUGUUUCCGUAUACAACACCACAAUAACAUUUUUAAAUAUUUGUAAAAAGUUUCAACGUUUAUUAGUGUCUGCAAUUCAGUUGUAUCCUUUUCUUGUUAUUUAAGAAAAAAGAUUCAAUAUGUCUAUUGUUAAUAUAUCUAAAUGAAAAAUUAGUAUAUGAAUCAAAUAUUAAUUGAAAAUUAUUGAACUUGAACUAAUUUUCAAAAUUAGUAUAUACAUAUUUUAGUUGUCAAUUAUUUUAUAUUAGUUGUUGAUACAUUCUAUUACAUAUUGUAAAUAUAAAUACUUUUAUGGGAUAUAUGUAAGUAAGAGAUUAUCAAUUUUCAUGCUGUUUUCGAAUUGUGAAGCAUUGGUUCCCGCAAUAAAAUGAAUUAAAAACAUGAAAAUCCCAAAAUAGCCGAAGAAACUUUGUAAAAAUAGGUUGGUGGGAAGCCUCAAAUAGAGAUCCAUGCCACAAACUGUUUUUUUUUUAAUGUCCUGAUAAUCCUCUCCUCCUUAUCUUUUUCUUUAUUUUCUCCAAAUCAUUAAGAAAGUAAAAACUCAUGUCUCAUCUUUAUUGUGCAUGGUUACAUUGAUUCACUCAUAAACCAAGCUUCUUUGUUUGGCUUCAAAAUGGCGUCCACUCCUCCGCAAACUUCUAAGAAAGUUCGUAACAAUUCUGGUAGUGGCCAGACCGUUAAGUUUGCAAGACGAACAUCUAGCGGACGUUACGUGAGUUUAUCCCGAGAUAAUAUUGAAUUAUCAGGUGAGCUUUCAGGAGACUAUUCGAACUAUACCGUUCACAUACCUCCGACGCCUGACAACCAGCCAAUGGCCACCAAAGCCGAAGAGCAGUAUGUAUCAAAUUCCCUAUUUACUGGUGGUUUUAACAGUGUCACACGUGCACAUCUUAUGGACAAAGUCAUCGAUUCAGAUGUGACACACCCUCAGAUGGCUGGUGCUAAAGGUUCUUCAUGUGCCAUGCCUGCUUGCGAUGGAAAUGUCAUGAAAGAUGAGAGAGGAAAGGAUGUAAUGCCAUGUGAAUGCCGGUUCAAGAUCUGCAGAGAUUGUUUCAUGGAUGCCCAAAAAGAAACAGGUUUAUGUCCAGGAUGUAAAGAACAAUAUAGAAUCGGAGAUCUUGACGAUGAUACACCUGAUUUUUCUAGUGGUGCUCUUCCUUUGCCAGCUCCAGGAAAAGGUCAACGUGGCAACAAUAACAUGUCUAUGAUGAAAAGAAAUCAAAACGGCGAAUUUGAUCACAACCGGUGGUUAUUUGAAACACAAGGCACAUAUGGUUACGGUAAUGCGUAUUGGCCUCAAGAUGAAAUGUAUGGUGAUGAUAUGGAUGAAGAAAUGAGAGGUGGAAUGGUGGAAACAGCUGACAAGCCAUGGCGGCCGCUGAGCCGGCGGAUCCCAAUCCCAGCUGCCAUCAUAAGCCCGUAUAGACUACUAAUCGUUGUUCGUUUUGUCGUGCUAUGUUUUUUCCUAACUUGGAGGAUUCGAAACCCAAACGAGGAUGCAGUAUGGCUAUGGUUGAUGUCAAUAAUAUGUGAGCUUUGGUUUGGAUUUUCAUGGAUAUUAGACCAAAUACCUAAGUUGUGUCCCAUAAACCGCUCUACCGAUCUAGAAGUUCUUCGUGACAAAUUUGACAUGCCUUCUCCUUCAAACCCCACAGGGAGGUCAGAUCUCCCAGGUAUUGACCUCUUUGUGUCCACAGCGGAUCCUGAGAAAGAGCCACCCCUUGUCACUGCCAACACUAUUCUUUCCAUAUUAGCUGUUGACUAUCCAGUGGAGAAAGUGUCGUGUUACCUUUCUGAUGAUGGAGGAGCCCUUUUAUCAUUUGAAGCUAUGGCAGAAGCUGCUAGUUUUGCAGACUUAUGGGUGCCUUUUUGUCGCAAACACAACAUUGAACCCCGGAAUCCAGAUUCAUAUUUUAGUCUCAAGAUAGAUCCAACAAAGAAUAAGAGUAGGAUUGAUUUUGUGAAAGAUAGGAGGAAGAUUAAGAGAGAGUAUGAUGAGUUCAAGGUUCGCACCAAUGGCCUCCCCGACUCAAUACGAAGAAGGUCAGAUGCAUUUAAUGCAAGAGAGGAAAUGAAAGCUCUAAAACAGAUGAGAGAAAGCGGAGGUGAUCCAAUGGAACCUGUGAAGGUCCUCAAAGCCACAUGGAUGGCUGAUGGUACCCACUGGCCAGGAACUUGGGCAGCCGCUACUCGAGAGCAUGCCAAAGGUGAUCAUGCUGGAAUUUUACAAGUCAUGUUGAAACCACCCAGCAGCGAUCCUUUAAUCGGUAGUAGCAACGAUAAGAUCAUUGAUUUUUCAGACACAGAUACUAGAUUACCAAUGUUGGUGUAUGUGUCACGUGAGAAGCGACCUGGAUAUGAUCACAACAAGAAAGCUGGAGCUAUGAAUGCACUUGUUCGUGCCUCUGCUAUUCUCUCAAAUGGACCUUUCAUCCUUAAUCUUGAUUGUGAUCAUUACAUCUAUAACUGUAAGGCCAUUCGAGAAGGGAUGUGUUUUAUGAUGGACAGAGGUGGGGAAGAUAUUUGCUACAUUCAAUUUCCACAAAGAUUUGAAGGUAUUGAUCCUUCUGAUAGAUAUGCGAAUAACAACACCGUAUUCUUUGACGGUAAUAUGCGUGCUCUCGACGGUGUUCAGGGACCAGUUUAUGUUGGAACUGGUACUAUGUUUAGGCGAUUUGCUUUAUACGGUUUUGAUCCACCCAAUCCGGAUAAGAUUCUUGAGAAGAAAGAUUCAGAAACAGAGGCGCUAACCACCAGUGACUUUGAUCCAGACCUUGAUGUCACACAACUUCCCAAGCGCUUUGGAAACUCCACACUCCUAGCCGAGUCAAUUCCUAUUGCAGAGUUCCAAGGUCGCCCAUUGGCAGACCACCCAGCGGUCAAGUAUGGCCGUCCUCCUGGAGCCCUUAGAGUCCCCCGUGACCCUCUUGAUGCCACAACUGUCGCAGAGUCUGUUUCUGUAAUCUCUUGUUGGUAUGAGGACAAAACAGAGUGGGGAGACAGAGUCGGAUGGAUUUAUGGGUCGGUGACAGAGGACGUUGUCACAGGGUACCGCAUGCAUAAUCGUGGAUGGCGCUCUGUUUACUGCAUCACCAAACGAGAUUCUUUCCGCGGUUCUGCACCCAUUAAUCUCACAGAUCGCCUUCACCAAGUGUUGCGAUGGGCCACCGGCUCUGUGGAGAUAUUCUUCUCUAGAAACAACGCCAUUCUUGCCUCAAAACGUCUCAAGUUCCUCCAACGCCUUGCAUACCUCAAUGUCGGAAUAUAUCCCUUCACCUCUUUGUUUCUCAUCCUCUAUUGUUUUCUUCCAGCAUUCUCUCUUUUCUCUGGACAGUUUAUAGUACGAACACUUAGUAUCUCCUUCUUAGUUUACCUCCUUAUGAUUACCAUCUGUUUGAUUGGCUUGGCGGUUCUAGAGGUCAAGUGGUCGGGCAUCGAACUAGAAGAAUGGUGGAGAAAUGAACAGUGGUGGCUUAUCUCCGGAACAAGCUCUCACCUUUAUGCUGUAGUCCAAGGAGUCCUCAAAGUUAUUGCAGGGAUCGAGAUCUCUUUUACCUUAACGUCUAAAUCCGGGGGAGAUGACAUUGAUGAUAUAUACGCAGAUUUAUACAUAGUGAAAUGGUCAUCUCUAAUGAUACCACCCAUAGUGAUAGCAAUGGUAAACAUAAUAGCAAUUGUGGUAGCGUUUGUCAGGACGAUAUACCAAGCGGUGCCACAAUGGAGCAAAUUGAUAGGAGGAGCUUUUUUUAGCUUCUGGGUGUUAGCACAUUUGUAUCCUUUUGCAAAAGGAUUAAUGGGAAGGAGAGGCAAGACUCCAACAAUAGUUUUUGUGUGGGCAGGUCUAAUUGCCAUCACUAUCUCUCUACUAUGGACGGCUAUUAAUCCUAACACCGGACCUGCCGCUGCUGCUGAAGGUGUCGGAGGUGGUGGAUUUCAAUUUCCUUAAAACAUUUAUAUAUAUAUAUACUAGGGUGGACCUGUCAUAUGGGCGGAAAAUAAGAAAAAAUAAUUUUUAAAUUUAUCUUAAAUUGUGAAAAUUAUUCUAAAAUAAAUUUAUUAUUCAUUUUUUAAUUUUUAUUAAAAGUCACAUCUUUAUCUAGCUAAUAAAGAAAUUUCUUUUUUAUUAUAUAAUUAUUUUACAUUUUCUAAUAAUUAUAUUAUUCUUAUAAUUUGCUACGGCUGAGUUUUCCUAUAAAGUUGACUAUGUGUUCGUAUUUUGUUUUGUUCAACAUAUAUUUGUAUUUAUAUUUAUAUUUAUAUUCAUAUUUAUAUGUUAUAAAAUAUAAGUCAUUAGGUAAUUUAGAAUUAUUUCAAUGUCUUGUUGAUAAGCAUGUUCUUCCAGCUGUGAAAACAUGUUUACAGUGAGUGCUUAGAGUAAGUUGUAAUAAAAAUGGUUAGAUCGUAGCUAUAAAGAUGUAUUGAGGUGUAUUAUUAUGAGUAUGACUGAAUAUUUUAUCUAUUAAAUUUAAUUUGAUUCA